AGUGUCAAAUAAAUGAGAUAUUUUCCUACCAUGCUACCAUGUGCGUUUCGUAAUUAUAAAAAUUAAUUAGCGGUGAAUUUUCAGCAAGUUUUAAAAUUUCCAUGCUAAAAUGCAGCAAGCUCAUCGUCCUGGAACCCUAAAGCAGAGCAACAAGGCUCACAAAUCCCGCCACCGCUCUAAAAGGGGCAUUUCGGCAGCCGUAAAAGGUAAAACUGAAAUCAAGGAAUUUGGUCGACGCAAUCGUCACAUUUUGAAGAAGGAAGAACGUCGCCACCAAGCCUUGCAGCUUCGUAAAAAUAAGCGCGAAGAGGUUUUAUCCAAGAAGCGUGCUUUGGGUGGUACUCGAAACCCACCAUUUUUAGUCUGUGUUGUGCCAUUGAACGCUCAGCUGGAUGUGCAGUCAGCCCUGGCUAUACUGAAGACAUGUUCCGAAGGAGCUAUUGUUACGGAGUCAGAAAAUGGUGUGGUGCAUAUUGGCUUACCAAACUUCAAGCAACGUUUCUCAUUUAUAUGCCCAGAAAUAGAUGAUGAUUUUGCACUUCUUGAUGCCCUCAAAAUAGCAGACACAGCUCUCUAUGUUAGCUCUGCCUUGGAUGAGCCUGUGGAUGAAUGGGGAGAGAAAGUUCUGGCCUUAUCCAUGGCCCAAGGAAUGCCCACGCCUGUGGUGGCUGCUAUGGAUAUUGAAGGAGUACACCCAAAGAAACGAACCACUGAAAAGCAAAACGUCCAAAAGUUAGUCUCUAAAUGGCUUCCAGAAGAAAAAGUUCUGCAGCUAGACAAAAGUUCGGAUGGACUGAAUAUAUUACGUAGAAUAGGCAAUCAGAAACGUAACAUCCUUCAUCACAGGGAAAAGAGACCUUACAUGCUGGCUGAAGAAGUAGAUUACGUUCCUGAUGCUGAAGGAGAGAGUGGUACGUUGAAAGUUAGUGGUUACUUACGUGGCAUGCCGUUGAAUGUCAAUGGACUGGUGCAUAUUGCUGGACUUGGUGAUUUCCAAAUGUCAAGAAUUGACGGAUUAGAUGAUCCACAUCCACUCACUUUGGGCAGAGAGAACACUAAAGCAGAUUCGAUGGAUGCAGAGGUUACGAAAGUGUCUGUUUUGCAAGUAGCUGACCCUGCUAAACAAGAGAGCUUAGUGACGGAGAAUGUCCCAGAUCCAAUGGAUGCAGAGCAGACUUGGCCUACUGAGGAGGAAAUAGAACAGUUUAACCUUGAGACCAAAAAGAAGCUAGUGAAAAAAGUUCCUAAAGGCUGGUCUGACUACCAAGCAGCUUGGAUUGUGGAAUCAGACGUUGAAGGUGAUGACGACGAUGACGAUGAGAGUGAAGAAGAUGAAGAUGAGCAAUUCAUGUCCUGUGAGGAGGACAAAUCUGACCAAGAGGGCGAUGAGGAGGACAACGACUUCGAGUCGGUUACGGAAUCAGAAGUAGGAUUGUCAGAUGAGAAAUAUGAUGCGACUAUAGAUGCAUAUGAAGAGCACGAAAUGUUACAAAAGUUGGUCGCUGCUAAGGAAGAUCGGCAGUUCCCUGACGAAGUUGACACUCCUCAAGAUGUCCCAGCCAGGGAACGCUUUAUGAGGUACAGAGGCCUAGAAUCGUUCAGGACGUCUACAUGGGAUGCUAAAGAGAAUCUUCCCUCUGAUUACGCAAGAAUAUUUCAGUUUGAAAAUUAUGACCGGACUAGAAAGAGGAUAUUCAAAGAGGUGGAAGACAGCCUUGAAAAUAUGUAUGGAUUCUAUGUAACAAUCCACAUAAAAGAUGUGCGUCAAGAUCUCUGGAAGGCUUUCCGAUCUGCCAACAGCAAAGCCCCGCUUGCAGUUUUCGGAUUAUUACCUCACGAACACAAGAUGUCCGUCAUGAAUGUGGUCCUGAAACGCACUGGGGCCAGUGACGAACCGAUUAAAAGCAAAGAGAGGCUGAUAUUUCAGGUUGGGUACAGGAGAUUCAUUGUGAACCCUGUAUUCAGUCAGCACACAAAUGGAAGCAAACAUAAGUACGAGAGAUUCUUCCAGCCCGCGUCGACGUGUGUAGCGACGUUCUACGCUCCUAUCCAGUUCAGUCCAUCCACUGUUUUAUGUUUCAAAGAGAAAAAGAAUACGAAGUUGCAGCUUGUCGCAUCUGGCGUCCUCCUCUCGUGCAAUCCCGACAGAUUAGUCAUCAAACGAAUUAUUCUCUCUGGUCACCCAUAUAAGGUGCACAAAAAAUCAGCGGUCAUAAGAUUCAUGUUCUUCAAUCGAGAUGACGUAGUGUACUUUAAGCCUUGCAAGCUUAGGACCAAGUAUGGACGCACUGGACACAUCAAGGAACCAUUAGGAACUCACGGGCACAUGAAAUGCGUGUUCGACGGCCAGCUCAAGUCUCAAGACACGGUACUUCUCAACCUUUAUAAGCGAAUGUUCCCGAAGUGGACUUACGAAAACUGUAUAGUUACUAAUAACAGCAAAGAAAGUGACGCCUUGAUGGAAUCAUAAAUUGUAAAUAAACUCAUUAGUUUAAGA